CCUGUCGCCGCCGCCGCCGCCGCCGCCGCCCUCGAAGCCCCUGCGACCGGAGCUCUCCAGACCUCUUCCUCCGCCGUCAGCCCGGAGAUCUCCCGGCUUCUCCCUCCGCCAUCAUGGGGAAGACACGUGGUAUGGGAGCUGGGCGCAAGCUCAAGACCCACCGCAGGAACCAGAGGUGGGCUGAUAAGGCAUACAAGAAGAGCCACUUGGGCAAUGAGUGGAAGAAACCCUUUGCUGGAUCGUCUCACGCCAAGGGCAUUGUCUUGGAGAAGAUUGGUAUUGAGGCCAAGCAGCCUAACUCUGCCAUCCGUAAGUGUGCUCGUGUCCAGCUGGUGAAGAACGGGAAGAAGAUUGCUGCCUUUGUGCCUAACGAUGGUUGCCUGAACUUCAUCGAGGAAAACGACGAGGUGCUGAUUGCUGGGUUUGGUCGUAAGGGUCACGCCGUGGGUGAUAUCCCUGGUGUCAGGUUCAAGGUUGUCAAGGUAUCUGGUGUGUCCCUGCUGGCUCUCUUCAAAGAGAAGAAGGAGAAGCCCAGGUCUUAGAUUGCAUUUUUUUUAUAGGCAAGGAUGGAAUGCACUGUUAAGGCUCUUGGAUGUUUGAGGAGGAAAGCUGCCUGCUAUGUUUACAAUGUCCUAUAUAACCUGAAGUUGUACUAGCGAGAUUUGUUCCUUCUCUGCUGUUGCUUUCUCUUAGCAGUUGCUAUUAAGAGUUUUGUUUCCAUGAUCUGGAUAUAUAUUAAUGCUGUGUUACUUUGCUGGCUA